AUGGAGUUCAGCGCCGGUGUCGCUGCUGGUAUCAUCGCCGCCGCAUUUUUGAUUGCAUCACUGCAAAGCUCGUACUGGCCAACUUUGCUUCGAGCAGAUGUGACGCGGCCGCGCGGUGUGCGAACCUCUAUUGGACGUCUCUCACUUGCUUCUCCAGUCCUUGCCAUCCUAAUCGGCAUAGCCAGCGUCGUUACCCCCCUCGGGCUGUACGAGGCUGACCAGCUUGAGGAUACAGCAAUCCAGCCACAUUUUCAAUAUGCACCUGACUCAAGUGCCAUGUCUUCUGGAACCUCCACCCGUGGUGAUCAUAGCUUCACGCGGACUUGUUAUCUUGGCUCUGUCGGGAUGUGCGUGGUUCCCUGCUCGUUCACAGAAGACGAAGUCGAAUCUACCAUGCAAAACGAGGGCUCCGACUGCGAAUACCCGGCCAUGGUGAACACUACUGUCCCAAAUGUUCUUAUCGAAAGGUUUUCAAGCGGAACGAGCUUAUCGAAGACGACUGUCUCCAACUUCUUCGACAUUGAAUGGAGACAAAUGACAUAUCAAUCCCAGCCUACUGCGAAUAAUGGAGAGCCGACACCGGCUGGAUCAUUCCAAUUCCUUGAGAGCUUUACCAGUAGCGACAGCAUCCAUGUUGUUGAAGGUCUAGUCGUGGAUGCCACCAAAGGAUCAAUAGGGUUCAGGAACCAUACAUGGCCUGUCGUCACUGGCCGUGGCGUCACCUGGACCGAGGAUCUCCUCUUUCUUGAGCCGGAAGUAGAUUGCAUCAACAAUAACAUCUCCAUCGAUUUCAACUUCACAAACACUGCCGGCAAUGUCUCAGAUACCAGACUAUCGGAAUUGAAGCUAGUCGACCACGGCGGAUUUGCAGACAUAAACAUAACGGCUCCGUACGACGACCGCCGUGAUGGCCCUAAUAAGCCCGACUUGAGAUCGCGAGCGUACAUUGCAGCGUGGAUGACUAACGCAUACUCCAUGCUUACGCUGAAUGUUACAAAUCCUCGCAACGAUAGCGAAGGCAUUAAGGCCUUUUCCUACAUCGAUUCCGAACUCGGCAAGUCAUUUAAGCUACCGAAGCCAUCCACAAAAGUCAAGGCUUAUCAGUCGCUCGAGUUACUCUUAGACUUGGGGGGCAUAUUCGAUUUAGAUGGUCUGACGAAAGACUUUGCGCUUAAGAACCCUUGGGAUAUUGAAAACAACAAUUUCUCAAUUCCAAGUGACGGUCCCAGCCUGAUCUUUGAUGAUGGGAGCUCUUGGUCGUCGCCAUUGUACACAUGCGCUUCCACAGUCAAAGCAACUGUUAAGACCGUCAAAUUCUUUCAUAACGGAAGAAAUGAAAACAUUGAUGGGCUCAAAGUAGAGAGUAUAAGCGACAAAGAUUAUGCGACUGAGGAAGACAUGCCACUUUGGGGUGUGGAAGAUACAUAUCUUACACUAUCGGAGCUCACUCCCAUCUGGGGCUUGAUCGACACAGCUUUGGAGGGGGCCGAGAACAUCUCAACUAUCAGACAGCCAUGGUUCUACCUUCUGGGGGCAAGCCUAGGUGUUUGGAACCCAGGACUAGUUUUAACGGGCACACGAGAUAAUCUCGCCGGUGGGAUCGCCCCAAUCGCUGCUAUGAACGCAGUAACUGGGAGGACCACCGAUAUGAGCGUGGAUGCCGCAAUUUCCGAUUUCACAGCAGCCUACUCUAAGAGUCUCUGGCUGAAAUGGAAAACACUCUCCAGUUCCGAAAGCACUGUCGGCAAUAUUCUCAAAUUGCUCUGGACAGAUGUGGCCGCCUCGGCAAUGGUCGGCACCAAGGGAGUGCUCGGGCAUGGUAACGCUCAGACUGACAAGGCGGUCGGGGUACCGGUAUUUCGGGUGGUUCGAAAAGUCCAAUACAGGUUUCUAUUCGGAAUCCCUGCCUCUAUAAUUACACUUUGCCUCGUUGCUAUUACCGUUCUGAUGCUUGUAGCAGUACUCAGUGGCCGCUCAAGCUUAAGGAUAAUGGACCGGCGUCUCAAGCAAACGUCUUUAGGACGAGCCUUAAUAAUGACUUUGAGUGGAGAGACAAGCGACAUUUUAUUGCCAAGCAAGGAAUGGAGCGAGACCUAUGGAGAGAUCCAGAUGGACCUUGGGAACUGCGUUGAUUCGUCUCCGGACGUAGCAAGCCAUGAGGAGAAUUUGACCAAUACGGAAGUGGAAACCGUUGAGUAG